CUGCCAAUUAUCGAUUUUCACCUAUGUUUUAAAAACAUCGAUGACACUAAUAUAAAUAUCGCUGUUUCUGCACCUCUAUCUCUGACAAAUUCUGCAAAUCAGCAAGAUGACCAACGCUCCAGCAACCUCCAGUGUGGCAGGACCCGUGCUCCGUGGCCUCCACAAUGCCACCAUUAAGAGGAACCUGGCCAUUUCUCUGGGAUUGACCGCCAUUAUCACCGUCGCCUACAAACUGAUGGUCAACGAUCCCAAGAAGGCCGCCUACGCCGAAUUCUACUCGAAGUACGAUGCCAACAAGUCCUUCGAGCGCAUGAAGGCCGCCGGUCGUUUCCAGUCUUGUUAAACUAGGCAAUCCCCACAAAACACAUGUAGUCUAAGUCAAAAAGAUGUUGAAGAGCAAGUGUUACGCUUCUGUAUUGAAAACUAAAUAGAUUUCAGUCUACUUAUGUG